AUGAACUGGAAGCUAAAUAGUUAACAUACAUAUACAUAUACAUAACAUACAUACAUAUAUACAAAUUAAAGCAAAGAUCUACAUAUUGUUAUGGAAUUUGUUAAGUAUAAAAAUGCAAAACUUUCAACAAUUCACGCGCAAUAUUAUAAAGUAACGAGAGCAGGUGUUACUUAAUAGAAGGCAAUUGGCGCGAAAAGUAUCACACUUGGUGGAGUUCUUAUUAUUUUUUUUGUUGGUUUUAAAAUUAAAAAUUUCCUACGUUUCGCUUGAAUAAUGCAGAACUUUUAUGAAAAUAAAAGCGUGUUCAUUACCGGCGGUAGUGGUUUUCUUGGAAGAGUAAUCAUAGAGCAAAUACUCCGUAAGGCAGAUGUGAAAUGUAUUUACAUGCUAAUCCGUUCUAAACGUGGCAUUUCCAGCACUGAUCGGAUAAAGAAGAUUUUCUCAGGGCCGCUUUUUGAAAAAGUGAGACAACUCAAGCCGCAUGCCCACACACUGAUUGCACCGAUUCAUGGCGAUUGCACUCAACCGAAUCUGGGCAUUUCCACUGAGGAUCGCAACACGCUCACCGCAAACGUGGACGUGAUCAUACACUGUGCAGCCACAAUACGUUUUAAUGAGCCCCUCUACAAUGCCUUGGUGGUGAAUGUAGGCGCGAUUAAACACCUCUUGGAGAUUGCAAAGCUUAUGUCACACUUAAUGACCUUCGUGCAUGUUUCAACCGCGUUCUCAAAUUGUAACUUGCCGCAUAUUGAGGAGAAAUUCUAUCCGGAAAAUGUUGGCAUCUCUGCACAUAAAACACUCGCAUUGGCCGAACAAUUGGGACCGGAACUAACCAAUAAUUUGUCAGCACAUUUGCUACGCGACUUCCCCAAUACGUACACAUUCACCAAGGCACUCGCUGAGGAAUUGAUUUUAAAUGAAGCCGCCGCACUGCCAAUUUGCGUAUUUCGACCAGCCAUCAUUACAUCCACAUAUGCGGAACCCAUACCCGGUUGGGUUGAUAACUACGCUGGUGCUAUGGGAAGCUUAAUGGCCGUUGCCCAGGGUAUGCUACGAGUCUUGUAUUUACAAAGUAAUAACCCGGCGUUGUUGGUGCCCGUGGACUUUUGUGCAAAUGCCAUAUUGGCUUGUGGCUACACCACAGCGCAGCAGGAAAGCACAGAAAAGGAGAAAAGUGAACCAAAAAUUUAUAACUUUGUACCAGAUGAGAAGAACAUCAUUACUUGGGGCGCACUUGCUGAUUCUGCAGUUCACUAUGCAAGAAAAUAUCCCAUUUCCAACACCUUUUGGUAUCCGUUUGCUGUGAAAAUCAACUCGCUGGAACUUGAAUACAUUUUCUCCCUUUUCCUACACACUAUACCUGCUUACCUUAACGACAUGUUGCUGGCACUUCGUGGUGAAAAAAAAAUCAUGGUACGCAUGUAUCAAAAACUACAACAAAAUGGUGAGGUAUUAAACUUUUUCAAAAUGAACAAAUGGACACACAAUACAACAAAUACGAAAGCUCUAUGGAAAUCUCUUACGCCGGAAGAUCAGUUGAACUUCAAUUUUAAUAUGCCCGACAUUGUGUGGAAAGAAUAUUACAAAACAUUGGCAUUGGGCAUACGCCGAUAUUUGGCUAUGGAAAAUGAUGAUACAAUGCCGAAAGCUAUCAAACGUACCAAAAUAUUCCAAUGGGCUCAUCAAUCGAUACUGGUCUUCAUUAUAACAGGUCUUUCGUUGUUCUUGUUCAUGGUGACCGCUUACUGCUUAGAAAAUAGAUACUUUAAGCCGUAUAAUUUAAUAUCCUUGAAAGUGUAAAAAAAGAAGAACUACUAAACUCUAGACAGUCAAGAGACAUGUAAAUUCCACAACUCAUAAUAAUAAAUUUUAUAUAUCCCAACAAAAGCUCGGAAAUUUUUUUUUAAAUUUAUUCAUUUAAACCUCCGUGGUU